CGGGGCUUGGCGGUGCGCAGAGCCUGACUGCGGCACCUUCGCCGCCGCUCCAGCCGCUGGGUCCUGCAGGUGUCCCGGGCCGCCCAGCUCCGCAGCGCCCCGCGCCCCCGGCCUUCCGCCUCGGCCCCGACCGCGGGGCAUCGCGACGCCCGGGCCCGGCGAUGAGCGCGAGGAGCCGCCAUGAGCGCAGACAGCAGCCCGCUCGUGGGCAACACGCCCGCCGGUUAUGGGACCCUGACGAUAGAGACAUCUAUAGAUCCCCUCAGCUCCUCAGUUUCAUCCGUGAGGCUCAGCGGCUACUGUGGCAGUCCAUGGAGGGUCAUCGGCUAUCACAUCGUGGUCUGGAUGAUGGCGGGGAUCCCUCUGCUGCUCUUCCGAUGGAAGCCCAUGUGGCGGGUGCGGCUGCGGCUCCAGCCGUGCAGCCUGGCCCGCGCCGAAACCCUCGUUAUCGAAAUAAGAGACAAAGAGGAUAGUUCGUGGCAGCUCUAUACUGUCCAGGUGCAGACUGAAGCCAUCAGCAAAGACAGCCUGGAGCUGCCCCCACAGACCCAGGCGGAGGACGGCCGGAGCCAGGCAGCUGUGGGGACACUACCAGAGGGGACAUGGAAGGACACCGCCCAGCUCCACAGGACCGAAGAGGCACAGCGGACGCUGCGCUACUACCUUUUCCGGGGCCAGCGCUAUGUCUGGAUCGAGACCCAGCAGGCCUUCUGCCGAGUCAGCCUGCUGGACCACGGCCGCACCUGUGACGACCUCCACUGCUCCAGCACCGGCCUCAGCCUCCAGGACCAAACCGUGAGGAAGACCAUCUACGGCCCCAACGUGAUCAGUGUACCAGUCAAGUCCUAUCCCCAGCUGCUGGUGGAUGAGGCACUGAACCCCUACUAUGGGUUCCAGGCCUUCAGCAUCGGGCUGUGGCUGGCUGACUACUACUACUGGUAUGCCCUGUGCAUCUUCCUGAUCUCCAUGGUCUCCAUCUGCGUGUCCAUAUACAAGACCAGAAAGCAAAGCCAGACUCUGAGGGACAUGGUCCAGCUGUCUGUACAGGUGUGCGUGUGCCGGCCUGGGGGAGAGGAGGAAUGGGUCGACUCCAGUGAGCUCGUGCCGGGAGACUGCCUGGUGCUGCCCCUGGAGGGUGGGCUGAUGCCCUGCGAUGCUGCCCUGGUGGCUGGCGAGUGCAUGGUCAAUGAGAGCUCUCUGACAGGGGAGAGCGUUCCAGUGCUGAAGACCGCCCUGCCGGAGGGACCGGUGCCCUACUUCCCAGAGACCCACCAGCGGCACACGCUCUUCUGUGGGACCCUCAUCUUGCAGGCCCGGGCCUUUGUAGGACCCCAUGCCCUGGCAGUGGUGACCCAGACAGGGUUCUGCACGGCUAAAGGGGCCCUGGUGAGCUCCAUCCUGCAUCCCCGGCCCAUCAACUUCAAGUUCUAUAAACACAGCGUGAAGUUUGUGGCUGCCCUCUCCGUCCUGGCUCUCCUCGGCACCGUCUACAGCAUCUUCAUCCUCCACCGCAACCACGUGCCUCUGGACGAGAUCGUGAUCCGGGCUCUGGACCUGGUGACGGUGGCAGUGCCGCCCGCCCUGCCUGCCGCCAUGACUGUGUGCACGCUCUACGCCCAGAACCGGCUGCGGAGCCAGGGCGUCUUCUGCACCCACCCGAUGCGCAUCAACCUGGGGGGCAAGCUCCGGCUGGUGUGUUUCGACAAGACAGGCACACUCACAGAGGACGGCUUGGACGUGAUGGGUGUGGUGCCCCUGAAGGGGCAGGAGUUCCUGCCGCUGGUCCCAGAGCCCCGCCGCCUUCCCAUGGGGCCCCUGCUCCGGGCACUGGCCACCUGCCACACCCUCAGCCGGCUCCGGGACACCCCAGUGGGUGACCCCAUGGACCUCAAGAUGGUGGAAUCUACUGGCUGGGUCCUGGAGGAGGGAUCAGCUGCAGACUCGACAUUUGGGACCCAGGUCUUGGCAGUGAUGAAACCCCCGCUUCAGGAGCUCCACCUGCAGGGCAUGGAGGAGCCCCUGGUGCCGGUCAGCAUCCUCAGCCACUUCCCCUUCUCAUCGGCUCUGCAGCGCAUGAGCGUGGUGGUGGCAUGGCCGGGGGCGGCCCGGCCCGAGGCCUGCGUCAAGGGCUCCCCCGAGCUGGUGGCAGGCCUCUGCGACCCCAAGACAGUGCCCACCGACUUCGCCCAGAUGCUGCAGAGCUACACAGCUGCUGGCUACCGCGUGGUGGCCCUCGCCAGCAAGCCGCUGCCCAUCGCACCCAACAUGGAAGCAGCUCAGCAACUGACAAGGGAUGCAGUGGAGUGGAGGCUGAGCCUCCUGGGGCUGCUAGUCAUGCAGAAUCUGCUAAAGCCACAGACGACACCCGUCAUCCAGGCUCUGCGGAGGACCUGCAUCCGCACCGUCAUGGUGACAGGGGACAACCUGCAGACGGCGGUCACCGUGGCCCAGGCCUGCGGCAUGGUGGGCCCCCAGGAGCGCCUGGUCAUCAUCCACGCCAACCCGCCUGAGCGGGGCCAGCCUGCCUCCCUCGAGCUUCUGCCAGUGGAGUCCUCUGCAGCCGUGAACGGGGCUCAGGAUCCUGACCAGGCCGCAAGCUACACCAUGGAGCCAGACCCCCGAUCCAGCCACCUGGCCCUCAGCGGGCCCACCUUUGGUGUCCUUAUGAAGCACUUCCCCAAGCUGCUGCCCAAGGUCCUGGUCCAGGGCACCGUCUUUGCCCGCAUGGCUCCCGAGCAGAAGACAGAGCUGGUGUGUGAACUACAGAAGCUUCAGUACUGUGUGGGCAUGUGUGGGGAUGGCGCCAACGACUGCGGGGCCCUGAAGGCGGCUGACGUGGGCAUCUCGCUGUCCCAGGCCGAGGCCUCAGUGGUCUCGCCCUUCACCUCGAGCGUGGCCAACAUUGAGUGUGUGCCCAUGGUCAUCAGGGAAGGUCGUUGUUCCCUGGACACGUCGUUCAGCGUCUUCAAGUACAUGGCCCUGUACAGCCUGACCCAGUUUAUCUCUGUCCUGAUCCUCUACACGGUGAGUAUCUGCAGGCCCCGUGCCGGGCCCGGGGCGGGGACCUCAGCAGCGCGGUGAGGAGGCCGGCAGGCU